AUGGAAGAAAAGAAGCGCCAGACCCAACCUACCGGAACCAUCCACCCGCGCAUCGUCAUUCACGGUGGCGCAGGAAACAUCACUCGCGCAUCCCUACCGCGCGAGACUUACGAGCAGUAUCGUAGCUCCCUGCUGCGCAUUCUAGAUGCCGCCGCGGAUAAGCUGGCGGAACCGGGUGCUACAGCGCUCGACGUCGCGACGUACGCGGUUACGCUCUUGGAAGAAGACCCGUUGUUUAAUUCCGCACAUGGAGCGGUGUUUACGCGCCGAGGCAACAACGAACUUGAGGCUAGCGUUAUGGUGUCGGAUGGGUAUAGGAAGCGCGGCGUGGCAUGUACGUUGUUGCGGCGGGUGCGGAAUCCGAUUCUGCUAGCUAAGGAGUUGCUUGUGCGCGGGGAGCAGGCGGAUGGGGGUGGUGGAGCCGGGGAUCAUUGUUUUUACAGUGGGGAGGUUGCGGAGGGGUUGGCGAGGAGUUGGGGGUUGGAGAUUGUGGAGCCGAGUUGGUUUUUUACGCAGAGGAGGUGGGAUGAGCAUUUGAGGGGGUUGGAGGAGGAGGGGAAGAUGGGUGGUGAUGCAGGGAUGGGGGUACGUGAGACGAGCGAAUGGGAGAAGAAUCAUUAUUUACCGCUAGGGACGUGCGGUGCUGUUGUUGUGGAUUGCUAUGGGACUAUAUGUACUGCUACGUCUACAGGGGGUUUGACGAACAAGGUUGAUGGACGCGUUGGCGAUACACCAACUAUAGGAGCUGGAUUCUGGGCCGAAGAGUGGUACGAGGAUGCUCCAGCUGCGAAGAUGCAGUAUCAGCCCGUCCCGCAGGCUGUGGCACCAAUAGACAAGCUCUCCAGAGGCGACCUGUACGGUGCGCUUGGCGGCUGUCUCCCAACACUCGGCUCGUCCUCCUCAAGACAAACCGCAGCAACGCCAAGUCCGGACAAUAAAGAACCUAUCCCCGUUCGCCAUGCCGUGGGUCUUUCGGGGACCGGCAAUGGCGACUCUUUCCUCCGCACAUCGGCCGCCCGAACGACAGCGGCCAAAUCUCGCUUUUCUUCGCAAUCUCUCAGCGACGCAACCACAUGGAUGGUCGGCCGCGGUGGUGAACUCCAAAAAAGUGCCGGCAACCGAUGGGACGGGGUCCACGAAGGCGUCGGUGGAAUCAUAGGUAUCGAGCUUGUUGGGAAUAAAGUACAAGUCGUCCAGGACUACAAUUGCGGCGGCAUGUUCCGCGCAUGGACCGAGGAGAACGGAAGUCGCAAGGUUUCAAUCUUUCGAGAAGAUGGGUGGGGGAGCGGACCGCAAAGUUGGUGGGAUAUCUGA